AUGAACAGGAAUAGUUCCCGACUUCAUUUGGUGGAUAAUGAUUUCCUGGACAGUGAAAGUGGAGGUGAAGCAUCGUCUGGUUAUGAAUCAAGUGACUCUUCCAAUAUAUCACGUGAUUCAAGCCCAGCCCCUCUUCCACUGCCACGCACCUCAUCUCAUGGCCAAGUGAUGAUCUUCAAAAGCACCGCCGGUCUUCAGGACAGCCUCGCUUUUAUUCUCAGCAUGCCCGAGCUGUGUGACGUCACUUUUCUUGUUGGCAAAGAUCGAGUUCCGGUUCAUGGGGUCAAGGCCAUACUAGCAACUCGAAGCAGGUCUUUAUAUCAACUAAUCUUGCAUCAUCAAAAACAGUCUGAGCUGUCGAAAACAACCAAAAAUAUAUUCAAGAAACAGAAACCCUCUCCCUGCUCAAACACGCUCGUCAUCCACGUCCCUGACUACGAGGUCGAAACAUUCAGAAGGUUCAUCACAUUUGUCCACUCGGGCAAGGUCAAGGUCGACGUCAACCAUGUUGUCGGCCUUCUUUGUGUAUCAGAGGAGUUUCGAGUUCCGGAUCUUCGCACUGCUUGCAAGGACUUCAUAGACAGAUGCCAAGGUCAUGGACAGAGAAAAAAGCUUGAAGGAACAGCCAGACAGUAUCUACACAAAAUACCUGCUCAAAAGCUCCUGGCUGAGCCACGUGACUGGGAAAUCUUGGGAGGACUUGACGCUGUGGUGUCCUCAUCACAGCACAGUGAUGGAAACUACUCCAAGUUCAGGAGCUAA